GUGUUCCACGUUGGCCCGGACGUGGCAGUAGCCUGCGCUCCUGUGGUGAAAUCACGGUGUAAAAGCGGAUCACUCAAUAAUACAUCACACUCUAGUUGUGUGCUUCUUCUGUGGCUCUUAGAUCUGCUCCCACGGAAUCAAACGUCCUCGGACAGUCAUGGGGCUCACCAUCUCGUCCAUCUUCGGCCGGCUUUUUGGCAAAAAGCAGAUGAGGAUUUUGAUGGUUGGAUUGGAUGCUGCAGGAAAAACGACCAUCCUGUACAAACUGAAGCUGGGUGAAAUUGUAACUACUAUCCCAACCAUCGGUUUUAAUGUGGAGACAGUAGAAUUUAAAAAUAUCAGUUUCACUGUGUGGGACGUGGGUGGCCAGGACAAGAUCAGACCACUUUGGAGGCAUUACUUCCAGAACACGCAGGGACUCAUCUUUGUAGUGGACAGUAAUGACAGAGAAAGAGUGGCUGAGUCAGCAGAAGAGCUCUCAAAGAUGCUGCAGGAAGACGAGUUGAAAGAUGCAGUUUUGCUGGUAUUCGCUAACAAACAAGAUCUUCCCAACGCUUUAUCGGUCAGCGAGCUGACAGACAAACUUGGCCUUCACGCCCUCCGCAGCAGAACUUGGCACAUUGAGUCUACCUGCGCCACCCAGGGCACUGGGCUGUAUGAAGGACUUGACUGGCUAUCCAAAGAGUUGUCCAAGAACUAAGGAGGGACUGGCUGAACAGAAGAAAGAGACUAAACGCCACAUGAUGGGACUGAAGGCAACAGACAUUCAGUCCAGAAACAUUACAGCACCAAUGUUCACACAAAGGACAAGGCUGAUGGACAAUGUAGUCAUCUUUGGGAAAAAUUAAUAUCUCCUCAUUUUUCUUAUAUUAUCAGUAACAUUAAUAUCUCUUGGCCUAGUGUCUAUUCUUUUUGUUUCUACUUAUCACCACUUAUCAUUUCCAUUUAAUGCCUUGGCUCCCGUCUAGGAAGCGUCUGCAGUAAUCAGUUCCUUGUACUAGGACUUUAUCUUCCUCGAGCCUUUGCUUGGGGAUAUAUGAAAAAACAAAAAUCUUUUAUAUAAAGACAAUUUGUAGGCUACAAACUGUGAAUGUUAAACCCAACCCUGUGUCCUUAAUCUAAUGCCAACUCAUUUUUGAAAAAGCUUGUGGCUUCCAGUCUGAGGUGCGGGACGAUUGCAGCGAUUUUGUUAAUAGUCUGGAAUCUCAUGGAUCCACAAAGGAGCAUCGUGCCUUCUGAUCCCUCUUUGCCUAAAUCUGAGUAAUCCUUUCUUUAGCACAUUGUUAGGUUAUAGUCCUUCCUAAGAUGCUUUUGUAAGACAAAAUUAUGCAACAAGACUGUUUUGUGUCAGAUUGCAUUCUGUGGUGCAGCAAACCAACACCAAAGUGAGUACAGAUUUUGUACUGCGAGUUUGAACAUCUGUGAAUUUGGCUCAUUUGCCUUGUAUUGCUUUUUUUUUUUCUAUUUUUUUUUUCCUGAACACCAUGAAAAAAGAGGAUUUAAUAACAAUUUAAGUUCUUUUAUCCUGUGUUCUUCUGUCCUCCCAGACAGAAAAUCUUUUUUUUUACUCAAAGGCGGAAGGAAGCAUCUUUUCAGUGUUGACACAAGACCAGUGUCAUUGCAACACAGUAAAGUAGCAUAUUUUUCUUUUUCUUUUUUUUUUUUUUUUUUUGUCACUUUUGUCUUUUUCCUAACAGUACAUAGUACAUAGUUGUAUUGUGACAAAUACUGUUACAUUCUUGAUUGUUCUGUUAUCUUCAAACAUACCAUACCCAUCAGUUUAUUUAGGUAUACAUUCCAACUAGUGCUUUCAGAUGCUGACACUUCUCAAAAAUAUUCUCUUAAUAUUUUCCAAAUAAAGCUACUGUUAAACAUG